GGUGUGCCGUGCAGGUGUAGUAGGUAUUUUUUCGCAAAUCCGCAGACCAUCCCGAUCUUCUCAUUCAACCUUCAAUCCUCAACAUGCCUGCCACUACCGCCGAAACGCUCUCGUUGGUUACCAGAAACGUGUCUGUAGCUCCUCUCGUCCUCCUUUCCGUCGCAGAUCACUAUGGCCGCUCAGCGAAGGGCUCACGGAAACGUGUGGUGGGAGUGUUGCUAGGACAGAAUGAUGGAAAGAACGUACGGGUAUCCAACAGUUUUGCUGGUAUGAUGCCCCUCUUAUUUUCUGCCUACCAUUAGAAUUUGAGAUCCGGAAGCCAACUAAACCCAAUAGUGCCUUUCGAGGAAGAAGAGAAGGACCCUUCAGUAUGGUUUCUGGACCACAACUACGUCGAGUCGAUGAAUGAGAUGUUCAAGAAGAUCAACGCGCGCGAGAAGUUAAUAGGAUGGUACCACUCGGGGCCAAAGUUGAGAGCUUCGGAUUUGGAGAUCAAUGAGUUAUUCAAGCGAUACACACCCAACCCAUUACUGGUAAUCAUCGAUGUGCAGCCCAAGGAAUCUGGUGUACCAACCGAUGCAUACUUUGCGGUGGAGGAGAUUAAAGAUGUAGGUUUAAAUGCUGCCAAAAUUUGCCAGCAUGCUAAUCGAGCAACUAGGAUGGAACUACCACAAGCAAAACCUUCGUUCACACACCAUCGAUCAUCGAGGCGGAAGAGGCAGAGGAGAUUGGUGUUGAGCACUUAUUGAGAGAUAUCAGAGAUGUCGCUGUUGGAACACUAUCAACGAGAAUCACCAAUCAACUCCAAUCGCUGCAAGGACUACACAUGCGCUUACGAGAUAUUGGUGCAUACCUACAAAAAGUGCUCAAUAAGGAACUGCCAGUCAACCACGCCAUCUUGGGAAAUCUUCAGGAUGUUUUCAACCUCUUGCCAAACCUCUCUACACCAAAAACUUCAUCACAUAUUCCUAACGGAAUUGACGCACCCGUCCAGAACGACAGCGAGUUGGCUCAUGCCAUGAGCAUCAAGACCAAUGAUCAACUUAUGGCCAUCUAUUUGAGUAGUUUGAUUAGAGCAAUUACCGCUUUCCACGACCUGAUCGAAAACAAGAUCCAGAACAGACAGCAACAAGAGGAGCAAGAUGCCAAGAAGGACGAGGGCAAGGAUGAGAAAGACAAGAAGCCAACUGGUGAUGGUGUUAAUGGAGUCAAGGAGGCCAAGGAAGCAGAAAAGGAGAAAGAGGAAAAGGACAAAAAGAAGUGAUGUUGAUGAAAGUUACGGCGUUUAAUUUCCAGCAGGGGUUUAUGAGGCAUAAGCGGCUGGCAUAUCAUGGAGCUGCUGCUAUGCUACUGUACCAUAGAUUUCUACUUGCAGCUCAAUAGAAGCCAAGCAAGUGUGACAUCAAAAUAUCUUACAAGUACGACAGACCACUUUCUACUUUUCCAAUUUCUUCC